AUGUUUCCGACAUGUGCUUGUCGAUUGCCAUAUUUAACUGUUGGUUCGCAAAGUGAAAGAGAUGUUCUCAAUACUGGGUUUGUCUUCGUGAAUCGGAAAGACAUCAAUGAAAUCAGGCGCCGUCUUCGAAACGCUCCAUCCGGCCUGGCGAUUCGGGGGAAAAAAGUAUUAAAAACGCAUAUGUGUACACUUACUUUCAUGGAUAAAGUCGACGAAUGUCUUUUUGAUGUUUCGAUCUACAAUGAUGAAAUUCAUCGAAAGAGUGCAGAUGGUGUAGUGAUCACAUUAAAUCCUUUAGUAAAAAUGGACAAAUUGGAUCUUGAGAAAAUGUGUUUAUUAUACAGAAAGGCACUAAUAUGCAUGGGCCGAACGAUUUAUCGUGAAUGCCGACGAACACAUCCAAUCUUGGCUGAAAUCGACGCUAUAUAUGGGUACUCAUGUGGAUACAAGCAAUAUCUUUUCUUACACCACCUUGAUUGCAUCCAAAAAUCGCACAUAAAAAGCUAUAGACUUGCGGUAUGUGAGGACUCGACACACCGAGCUCUUAGAUUUAUCGAAUCUUCAUCAUUCAGUAUUGAAGAAAAGCAGAAACAAAAAUGUGAGACUUUAAACUGGCUGAUGAACUGUGAGAAAGCAACAAUGCAACGACUUUGUUCCAUGGAAGCCAGCAUUGUGAAUGAUGAAUCAUUGAUGAGUGCAUCGCAGUAUGUUGCUCCAGAAUGCCAUCCUGAUUUUGAACGCAAAGUCUUUGUAAGUGACAAUGAAAAUGAUCUCAUCGAAAAAGAGAAUUUAAUUUGCACUAAAAAACAGCAAGAGGAAAUUAAAUACAAUUUUCGAUUUCUUGACUCAGAUGUAAGACGCCAUGAAUCUGCAUUUAGUGCUGUCUAUCCAAUUGCAUAUAGUUAUCCUAAACCGAUGUUAUCUAAUCGUUGUGCUGAUUAUCAGAAGGCAUAUGCAAAUAUAACUGCUAUUGCCAAAAAAAAUUGCCUGAGGCGUUAUCAACCAUAUAAUACCGUUUAUUUUACCCUCGAAUAUCCAUGUGGUCAUGGUACAAUGGAUAAUUUCUUCAAGCAUUUUGAUUGCUUACAGAGAAUAAGACGUGAGCGACAUGUACAACAGUGUGAACGCAGCGCGACCAGGGCAAUUAAUGAUCCAAGCAAUGAUCCUUGCGAGGCUUACAGCAUCCUUGCUCAUUGCAUAUAUGACAGUGUUGUAAGGCGCUGUGGAUAUACUGGAUGGGAAACAGAAUAUCAGUAUUUGGCUCUUACUGUUAACUAUAUGGUACCAAGCUGUCGCAUAAAACGGAUUAUUCGAAAUGCCGAUUUCUCAUUUAUCGAAGACUAA